AUGCAGUCCAUUGAUCGCAAGGACCGUAUUCCUUCUCCAAGCAGCAGCUCUUCCCGUGGGAACGUGGUGGACCAUGACGCUCCUCCUGGUAAGCCAAGAGUCUUUACAGACGAGUUCGCAUCGAGGAGGAACGGUCCAGAAGCUGCUGGUAAGAACCGCAUGAUCAACGUCCACCCUUUGAAACGCAGCGAGAUGCAGCCCUCGUAUGCACAAGACCUCGGUACUGGCGAGGUCACGCAUGGUUUCUACGGAUCAUUCCUGCAAAGUCUCGGCGCAUGUGUUGGGUUCUGUGGUGCUAUUCCUUGCUGUCCUCUCCCAAAUCCAUUCCGAAAUGUCCAACAAGGUUCGGUUGGUCUGGUCACACGGUUCGGCCACUUCUACAAAUCAGUAGAUCCUGGUCUCGUGCAAGUCAAUGUCUGCACAGAAAACCUGCGCAUCGUCGACGUCAAGAUUCAAAUCAGCCCUAUUGGCAGGCAAACCGUCAUCACCCGUGACAACGUUAAUGUUGAAAUUGAUUCUGUCAUAUACUUCCAGAUCGUCAAUCCUUAUCGUGCCGCCUUUGGUAUUACUGACCUACGUCAAGCGCUCGUGGAACGUGCUCAGACCACCUUGCGCCAUGUUGUCGGUGCUCGCGCCGUUCAGAGUGUCGUAACUGAGCGCGAGGCUAUCGCUUUCGAAAUCGCUGAGAUCGUCGGUGACGUGGCCGACAAAUGGGGCGUUGCUAUCGAAGGUAUCCUCAUCAAGGAUAUCAUCUUCAGCCCCGAAGUCUCCGCUUCUCUCUCCUCUGCUGCACAGCAGAAACGCAUUGGAGAGUCCAAGGUCAUUGCAGCCCGCGCAGAAGUUGACGCUGCUCGCCUCAUGCGUCAAGCAGCCGAUAUCCUCGCAUCACCGGCUGCUAUGCAAAUCCGUCAGCUGGAGGCUCUACAACAGAUGGCCAAGUCUGGUAACACCAAGGUCGUUUUCGUUCCUAUGCAACUCCAAAGCGAUGUUGUUGGUAAACUCAGCAAUGCUGAGGCAUCUGGGUCUGGGUCUGGGUUUGGUGAUGGAGGCGAGGCUCUUACUAGUGUAGGUCGUGCGGGCGUUCUAGCCAGCAUCGCGGAUGUAUGA